AUGCCCUCCUCGCGGCCCUCCGGAAACAGAUCCCAGACCCAGCGUCUCCCCGCACCCCAGCUUUUCGUCGGUCCGCCCUCCCGAAAUGACUCCUCCAACUCGCUUGUACCGCCGCCCGCCAGCGGCGUUGCGACGAGCCGUGCGCCCCUGACGCGCCAGCGCUCCUUGCUCGAAGGCAGUAGCCCAAGUGACAAGAGCGAAACGCGUCCAUUGGCAUCAUCGUCGCGGCCACAGCAGUUGCAGCAGUCUCAGCCGCAGCAGCAACAGCAGCAGCAGCAAACCCAACAAGCGCAGGUGGAACAGCAGAGCGCGGAACGCACCGAUGCGAUAUGGGCCGAGAUGCAGAACACGCUGGAGGAGGUGGAGCUUAGCGCUGUCAACGGCACGCACGUGUUUCGGCCAGGUCACUCCCAUGCGCUUGAGGAGCUGCGUAUUGCGCAGAUCGCCUUGGCACAGGCCUGGGCCCGCAGCGAGGCCGAAGACGAAGAUGCCGCGCACGGCGCUGCUGCCGCUAGUGCAGAGCUUCAGCGCCCCUUGGCUGCAAGCAACGUGCUUGCGGGCGACCGAGCGGAAAAGCUGGGCAGCAGUGGCGGAGCGACGGCUGGUAACAGGCCGAGGAGCGGGACCGAUACCAGUGCGAAGAGUCAGCUUGAAGAGGAUACUGAAAAUGACAUCUUGCUCGCUCGCAAGAGACGCGAGGCUAAUGAUCGGUACUUUCAGCGCGUGAAUGCAGGCGUGCUGGACGUGGUAGCGAAGCUGGAGGAAGUGGCCAAGGCGAUGAAAGGUGUCGAACAAGAAAGUAAAGAGAUUUGGGGAGAUGGGGAGAGCGUUGAGACAGACAGCUAUAGGAGCAAGUGA